GCCGCUCCGCGUUCACUCUCCAGCGCCUUCCUCCCUCCCCGUUCUCCCCCCCUCUCUCUCUCUUAUCGCUUCCGAGCUCUCAUGGCCGCACACCCCGCGCGCUAAGCAAGCCUGACAGCCCGACCCCAUGAGGCAGCCGCACCUCCUCUCGCCGCAGCGGCUCUCCCCCUCGCCCGUCCUCUCCCCCCACUUCUCCCUUGGGAACUACCUGUACGGUUUGACUUCAGUCAAGUUCUUACCCUACGUGUUGGGCAGUUGGUUGGGUAUGCUUCCAGGAACAUGGGCUUAUGUCAGUGCUGGUGCAUUUGGGCGAGCUAUAAUCCAAGAUGAGACGGAGAUCGGUUUGGGAGGAAACAACCAGCUAUUGACACUGGGCAUAGGCCUAUUAGUUACAGCCGUUGCUGCUACUUAUGUAACACGGCUUGCUAAGGAUGCUGUAAAGGAUAUUGACGACGAAUAGAAUGGUAGGAUUACAUAGCAAAAGGGCCAUUCAAAUAGCAAAGUAGCACGAGAAUGUACAUCACUGGCAUCUUUUGGUGCAAUCUAAUCUAGAAAUACAAGCGAUUGUCAGAG